AUGAAGCCAGAGUCGGGGCAGGCCCUCUUCCAUGUGGCCGUGGCAGGCUGCCUCUGUGCUGCCACCGUCUACGCAGGCAUUUUCGAGGGCGUCUUCAUCCAAGUGGGCUAUGAGCACUACGCAGAAGUGCCCGUGGCUGGCCUCCUAGCCUUCCUGGCCAUGCCCUUCAACUCGCUUGUGAACUUGGCCUACGUGCUCCUGGGCGUGUACUGGCUGCAGAGGAACAGCAGCACCCCAGGGUGCCCAGCGGAGAUGGGGAGGGCCGGCUACCUGGAAGCCGUCUUCGCGGGCAUGGCACUGCUCUAUGGGCCCAUGCAGUGGCUGCCCAUCUGGACCCAGAUGCACCCUGCCGCAGUGCUCGACCAGUGGCUCACUUUGCCCAUCUUCGCGUGGCCGCUGGCCCGGUGCUUCUACCUAGACAGGGGCUGGAAGCCCUGGUUGUUCCUGUCCAUCGAGUGCCUCUCCCUGGCCAGUUACGGCCUUGUACUACUGCACCCCCGCGGGUUUGAGGCCACGCUAGGUGUUCACGUGGCGGCCACCGUGGGGCAGGCCCUGUGUGCCCAGCGGCAGUGUGGCAGCACCUCCUUGGCCACCUACCUAGCUCUAGGAGUGUUCUCCUGCCUGGGCUGUGUCCUCAAGCUGUGUGACCAUCAGCUCGCACGGUGGCGUCUCUUCCAGUGCCUCACAGGCCACUUCUGGUCCAAGGUCUGUGGUGCGCUCCAGUUCCACUUUGCAUUUUUGUUUCUGACAAAUUUAAGCACUUGCCAAAGACUUCAUCCUGAGGGGAAGACACAUUAA